AUGAGCUUGAACGGCAUCCUCGAGGCAUUCCACACCGCCUCGGCGACACCGGCGCAGGUUGCAAAGCAGGCCAAGUUUAUGAUCCUCAGCAGUGCCACUUUCGUGAUCACCCUCCUUGCCCUUGUGAAAGGGCGGAUAGGCACGACGGAGCAGGCGCUCAUCUACGCCAGCUGUACCGCCAUGAUUGUCCGCAUUGUGUAUGCGUGGACGCAUGCUGUGCGCUUCCAGGCCGGAAAACUCGGGAUGCGCAGCGUACUUCCAGACCCCGCUAUUGCCUUCAGCCUGGUCCUCCUCGGUUGGGGUCUCCGAUUCGCCGCCGUCGAGGCGCAGAAACUCGACACGAUACGGGCCGUCGCCCUUGUCGUGGGCUGUGCGGGGGUCGGCGGCGUCUCAACCCUCAUUACAAUGUAA